AUGUCGUCUGCAGACUUUGUUCGAGCUGCACCGACGGGAAUCUCCAUCCUCAUCGUAGGCGGCGGCAUAGCCGGCCUCACCCUCGCCAUCGAGGCCCUCCGCCAAGGGCACACCGUGCUGUCCGUGCUGGAGCGACACUCCCACUUCGACGAGAUCGGAGAUGUGUUGGCCAUCACAGAGAGUGCGCAGCGCUGCUGGGUGAACUGGCCAGGCUUUCUGGAUCGAGUCAGGACUCGUGCCUGGAUCGGAGGGGCGUUGUCUUUCCACAAGUACGACGGCACGCUGCUCGCACAGUUGCGCGGCGAACUGAGCCACGACGGCCUCCGAAUGAUGGGCAUGUGGCGGGCUAAGCUCCAUGAAGAGCUGUAUGCAUAUGCCACCGAGGUUGGCGUUGGCGUGGAGUUCGACAGGAGGGCUGUGCGGUAUUUCGAGGACGAGAAACAUGCCUAUGUCGAGACGCAGAACGGACAAGUCUACUCGGCGGAUCUCAUCGUGGCGGCUGAUGGUAUCGGCACCAAGUCCCUGAGCGUUCUGCCUACCAAGCCAGAGACACCAGAGCCGAGUGGUUAUGCCAUCUAUCGGGCAGGAUUCCCUCUAGAUGCCGCCAUCCACGAUCCUGACAUCAUGUCAUUCUGGGGCAACAUCGAGGAUGGAUCGCAGCUUUGGAUUGCAGAGGAUAAGCAUGUUGUUACCACGAAGAACAUCUCAUACAUGAUGACCCACAGGGAGACUGACGAUACAGCUGAGGAGGCCUGGUCAGCGACAUGCGACGCCAGCAAUGCUCUCCCCUUCGUGCCUGUGGAGGAAGGGUGGCAUCCUGCUGUUUCGGCCCUCGUGCGCUCCACACCCAACAAUCGGUGCAUCAAUUGGAAGCUUGUAUGGCGCAGCCCUCAUCCGGACUGGACGUCCACCGGAGGACGUAUCCAGCUGAUUGGGGACGCGGCUCAUCCUUUCGUACCGACGUCUGGAAGCGGUGCCGUGAUGGCCAUCGAGGAUGCUUACUCCCUCUCGACCUGCCUGUCGCUGGCCGGCAAAGACAACAUUCCUCUCGCUCUGAGGGCUCAUACAAAGAUGAGAUUCGAGCGCGUAUCUCAGGCCCAGCGACUUGGCGUCGAGAACCGCGAGUACUACCACCAGCCGGACUGGGAAGCCUUCGAAAAAGAUCCCGCUGCCGUUGCAGGUUUGGUUCCGAAGUGGAUUACCUCCCAUGACGUCUACAAAUACACCCAGGACAAUUUUGAUAAGGCGACCGAUGCGGUUCGUAAUGGGACACCUUUCAAGAAUACCAACGGACCACCAGGAGUCGAGUACCAAGACUGGACGGUCAAGGAAAUCACCCAUGAUGCUUUCGAGCUGCGGAAGCAGGGAAAGGUCCUGACCUCGAUAGUCCGUAAUUAUUAA